UGACUCGUGUGUCCGUCCGUCACUCGGUUCGCAACCGUGGUCAGCGCCGCACUAUCUUGUUCUAUUUUGGCCCGAGACAUGGCCCUCGAACGGGUGGUUGAGAAGAAAGGGCUCGGAGAACUGGGUUCGUGGAGCAUCUGGAGCGACCAGGCUCUUUCGGCCUUCCGGAAUUGGGGCUUCAAGGAUAAGGAUGUGGACGACGCUGCGGUCAAGCAGAGCAGAUCAAAGUUUUGGCGCAAGGGUGCUGCCCAAGACUUCAACUCCAUUAGAGAUCAGUGUCAACGAGAAGGAAUUCUCUAUGAAGACCCUGAUUUCCCUUGCACAACUGAGUCUCUAUUCUACAGCAAGGCGCCUCCAAUUCCUUUCAAGUGGCUCCGACCAUCACAAAUUGUAAAGGACCCUAGGUUGUUUGUAGAAGGUUAUUCGAGAUUCGACAUCAAACAGGGAGAGCUAACUGACUGCUGGUUGUUGGCGGCGCUCGCCAAUUUGACGCUGCACAACUCCCUUUUCAGCCAAGUCGUGCCAGAAGAUCAAUGUUUCGAGAAGGGCUACGCGGGAGUAUUUCAUUUCAAAUUUUGGCAGUACGGAAAAUGGGUUGAAGUAAUAAUUGACGACCGACUGCCCACCUUUGAUGGAAAAUUAGUUUUCCUCCGAUCAAGCCAGCAAAAUGAGUUUUGGAGUGCUCUUUUGGAAAAAGCUUACGCUAAAUUGCACGGAUCUUAUGAGGCUUUGAAGGGUGGUUCAACCUGCGAGGCGAUGGAGGAUUUCACAGGAGGAGUGACCGAGUGGCACGAACUGGACAACGUGGACAUGAACUUUUUCAAAAUGCUCCAGUCUUCUUUCGACCGCCAGUCCUUGUUAGGAGCCUCAAUUGAACCUGGUGAUGAAUUUGAAGAACCAACACCCGAGGGGUUGGUCAAAGGACACGCUUACAGCAUCACAAAGGUGCAGUACGUGGACAUUAAGACGCCCAGGGUGUCUGGGAAAAUUCCCCUCAUCAGACUCAGAAACCCGUGGGGCAAUGCAGUGGAAUGGAACGGCGCUUGGUCAGAUAAAUCUCCAGAGUGGCAGUUCAUUCCGCCAGAAGAGCAAAAGAGAAUUGGCUUGACUUUUGAUGCCGACGGCGAAUUCUGGAUGUCUUUUCGCGAUUUCGUGAAAUACUUCACUCGGCUGGAGAUUUGUAAUCUCAGUCCUCACUCCAUCCAGAACACGGAGGGCAAGAAAAAGUGGGAAAUGAGCGUUUUUGAAGGCGAGUGGGUCAGAGGAGUCACGGCCGGUGGCUGCAGAAAUUACCCAAAAACGUUUUGCUUCAACCCGCAGUACAGGGUGACUUUGGACCAGUCCUCCGAGAGUGCCGAGUGCACCGUGAUUGUAGCCCUGAUGCAGAAAAAUCGCAGGGUCCAACGGAAAAUGGGCGCCCAAUGUCUGAACAUCGGCUUUGUUCUUUAUCAAUUGGACGAAGCGAGUAGCUUGAUUAAGCCUCUUCCAGACAAAUUUUUCCUUGACAAUGUCUCGACUCGCAGGUGCAGAGCAUUUGUGAACCAACGUGAGGUCACAGAGAGGUUCAGUCUAGUCCCAGGGACCUACUGCAUCGUCCCUUCCACCUUCGACCCCCACGAGGAAGGAGAAUUUUUGCUUCGAAUCUUUUCCGAGAGCACAAACAAACUCGAGGAAAAUGACAGAUGCAUAGGAUUUUUAGAGAUGACGACUAACAAGAUUUCAACAUCGCCGAUGAACUCUGUGCUAGAUGAUAAAGUUAAGGCCUUCUUCAAGGAGGUUGCAGGAGAGGACAUGGAAGUCGACUGGAUGGAAUUGAAAAACGUCCUGGAUCUAGCAAUUAACAAAGAUUUACAACGGUGCUCUAUUGGCCCUGCUAGUCUCAUUCAACGGGGAGGAUUUUCAAAGGAAAUUUGCCGCAGCAUGGUGGCAAUGAUGGAUUCCGACAGGUCUGGCAAACUUGGUUAUGAGGAAUUCAAAACGCUGUGGUUGGACAUUGGUAACUGGAGAAGAGUAUUCAAGGAUUACGACAAGAACAACUCAGGGAUGCUAAGCAACUUUGAGUUACGCGAAGCACUUGCCUCCGCCGGUUAUCAGCUGAAUUACAGAAUUCUGAACGUUCUCAUGCAUAGAUACGGAACCAAAGAAGGCCAGAUUACGUUUGACGAUUUCAUUGCUUGUGCUGUCAGACUGCGGUGCAUGAUUGACAUGUUUAAAGAGCGUGAUCCUAGAGGCACUAACAAGGCUGUUUUCACAUUCGAUGAAUGGAUGGAAAAAGUCAUAUUUUCCUAAGUAUUUUUACCAAAUGCAUAACUUUAAAAUGCCAUAUUUCGCACAGUUUCUUCUGGCAAAUUAAAUUAAAAUGUCUGAAUAUUUUCAGUGUAUUUCUGUGAUUACUAGUCUUGCCGAGAAAUAAUCAAAGUUUCUUGCUGGCCAUGAAAAAAGACACUUUCAAAUUAUACAAAUAUGCUUUAAAUUUAACACAUUUUGUCCAAGCGACUAUACCAUGGACUAUAAUAUAAAUCUUCCUGUGUAAUCUAAUUGUUUCUAUUGAAACGAUAAUAAAUAUAAAUUUCUUAAAAUUCUAACUCA